GAACAUCCCUACAUAUAAAUCUAAUCAUCUUCUUCGAUCAUCGAUCAUUAAUGGCGGGCCUUCAUUCAUCUCUUAGACCCACUUCAUCCUCGUCGUCGUCGUCUCAUUCAUCAGCACAAUCCUCUCAGGUUUUCAAUUCAAAAAUCUUGCUCUUACUCACACUCCUUCCGCUCUCUCUAGCAGCCUUCGCCUUCGUUCUGCAAUGGCGUGGCGAAAUCGACGAUCCAACAACCCGGUGGAGUCCCAAAGAUCGCCUUGAAUUCCCUGGAAUGGAUGCUUAUACCUCCUCCACACACACCACCCGAACCUCCUCGAAUUGUGCGGAUCUCUUGGGUCAAAGCCGGUCCGUAUCCUUCCCUUAUUAUAGGGAUUGGAAAUUCGAUUACAUAUCCGAUCUAAAACCUAAGAUAUGCAUUACCACAAGCACAUCAGCUGGCUUAGAGCAAAUAUUACCGUGGAUCUUCUAUCAUAAAGUUAUUGGUGUUUCAACCUUCUUCCUGUUUGUUGAAGGAAAAGCGGCAUCCCCGACUGUAUCUAAAGUUCUAGAGUCUAUCCCUGAGGUAAAGGUGAUAUAUAGGACAAGAGAACUUGAAGCACAACAAGCCAAGAGUCGGAUCUGGAAUGAGACAUGGCUGUCAAGCUUCUUCUACAAACCGUGCAACUACGAAUUGUUUGUCAAGCAGUCCCUUAAUAUGGAAAUGGCUAUUGUCAUGGCAAGGGAAGCUAACUUGGACUGGAUCCUUCAUCUCGACACUGAUGAGUUGAUACAUCCGGCAGGGACACGUGAAUACUCUCUCAGGAAGCUUUUGUCAGAUGUCCCAGAAAAUGUUGAUAUGGUGGUGUUUCCAAAUUAUGAAAGCAGUGUAGAACGAGAUGAUAUAAGGGAUCCUUUCAGUGAGGUCUCAUUGUUCAAGAAGAAUUAUGACCAUCUUCCCAAGGACACAUACUUUGGCAAUUACAAAGAAUCAACUCGUGGUAAUCCUAACUAUUUUUUGACAUAUGGAAAUGGGAAGUCUGCUGCUCGUAUCCAACAUCAUUUGCGUCCUAACGGUGCACAUAGAUGGCACAACUAUAUGAAGAAUCCAAAUGAGAUCAAACUGGAGGAGGCUGCUGUUCUGCAUUACACCUACACCAAGUUUUCAGAUUUGACAUCAAGGCGUGACCGAUGUGGCUGCAAACCUACAAAAGAUGAUGUUAAAAGAUGCUUUAUGUUAGAAUUCGACAGAGCUGCUUUUAUAAUUGCUUCAACUGCUACAGAGGAAGAGAUGCUAAGCUGGUAUCGCGAACAUGUUGUAUGGACCGAUAAAGCUCUAAAUAUGAAAUUAAUGAGGAAGGGAAUUUUAGCUCGCAUAUACACUCCUAUGGUGAUCAUGCAAGAACUGAGAGAAGCGGGCACCUUCAGUUCUUUAAUAGCGUCCACACAAAGAAGCCCAUCGCUUUUGUCAUCCAUUAAGGACAGUAAUACUUCCUCUAAAGCCAUUGAAGGGUUAGAUACCCUUUCGAAGAAGACGGAAGAAUCUGAAAUGAUGAGUAGGAAGGUUCUAGAAGUAGCAGACGUAGUUUUAUUGGCAGUGCCACCACUCCCUCCUCCAUCCGCGGAUGAUGAUCAUGAUAUGUGAAUGAUUGUUGGGUGUCGUGUUUAGUGUGAAUGUUCCCGAUCUUUAACCAAGCGUGAUGUACAUUUUAGGCGUAGAUUUUACGUAGGUUAGAUUCACAAAGGUAGAACAGGAAUCAUAUUGAUGCAUUUGGCGUAUUCCGCCAAGGUCGAUUUCUCAUAUCUACAGAGUAAUAUCUUAUUGUCGAAAUUGUGUUUUGAUGAGUAUAUCCGAUUUUAUUUUCCCACUCAUUACUUUUUUGUAUUUAUGUUCAU